CAAGGGGGAAAAAACAAUGUAAUUUUUUAAUAAAUAGGAAAUUGCAAUCGCCAGAUCGUUGAAGAACAAUUACCAAAAAUCUCAUAUUGCACAUUGAAUAUUCUAAAAGACAUCACACCAGUGAAAAUUCCCGCUGAAAAAGUAAAAGCUAAGUGAAAUUAGCUCAACACUUGCAUAUGCAGCUGCUAUAACUGUUUUGAAACAACCGAUAAAUGGAAUUAGCUGUACUAUAAGAGAAAACACACCUAGUAAUUUAAUAGAGGGAGCCGCCAACACUAACACAUCGAAAGAGCCACAAGCAACUGCAAAUAGGCAAAUACACACUGCAGGUGUUUUCAGCUCGUGCGUCUGUGACACCGUUUACCCGGACCCGGCGGCUGUGUAGCUAAAAAUGGAGUGGACAAGAGAAAAGACGCUGCUGCUGAUCAACGAGUAUCGACAGCGGCGCGGGCUGUGGGACAUGACAUGCGAUGAUUAUCGCAAGAAGGACGUCAAGCAGAGACUCUUAACUGAAGUUAGCGACGUGCUCGGCGGCAAUAUACCUAUACAGGAGUUGGAAAAAAAGUUCCAUACCCUUCGUACUCAGUAUCACAGGGAAAUCAGUCGGAUGAAACGAAAGGAACCGUACAACUCCAAGUGGUUUGGCUUUAAAAAUCUCAACUUUCUUAGUUCUCCUUACGCGUGCCGCUCUACGAAAGGGCGUUUGAAAUCGGAACUACAAGCGGAGAACCCGUCCAUGCAAAAGUACAUAUUGGGUGAGGUAGCGGGCAGUGCAGGUUCCAAUAACGGCAACACAAUGAAUGAUGAUUAUAUUAAUACGACUCGCAAGUCUCAUGCGAGUAGUCGUGCGAAAGAACUGGAGAAGCUAAUCGAAGAGACGACCAAAGAUGUGGAUGAUGAUGAACAGGAUGUAGAUGAUGUAGAUGCCAAACCAAAACUGCCCAAGGAACUAAGCGGUUCAUAUGUGCAACUGAACGAUGAUGAAGGCGACCCGCUUGAUAGUCACGCACACCAGCAGCAGCAACACCACCACCCUCACCAUCAGCCCAUGCUAGACAUGCAAAAUCCGGCGAAUGCCGUGGAAGCUGUCAGCUUUCAAGCCAAUGAAAGUGGCGAACUGCAUUAUCAAACAACACCAACGUCGAGCGGUGGUAAUACAGGGCCCGUACAUGUUGUGCCCACGCGCAUUAUCAAGAUACAGAGACGGGACACAUCUAGCCAAGAAGAUGGCUACUUCGACGAACAUCAAACACAUCAUCAACUUCAUCCGCCACCUCCGCCCAAGCGCAUUUACUAUGAGGCCAGUGGCGCACACAGUACCACCACCAUUCUCUCCGCAUCCACUUUAACAGCAGCAGCACAAAAUGGUAAUAGUGGCAAUGUGCUAACCACAACUGCCGGAUCCACAACGACCGGUACUCUCAGAUUGCCUCGAUUGGGUAGCGUUGUCAAUGCAGCACUACCUCCGCCGAAGCCCUCUAGCUCACCAGUGCCGCCUCCGUCCCCGGCCCUGAGUUCGCCACGCGAUGAAUUCUCCACAUAUGGCGAGUACGUAGCCAAUGAAAUGCGCGCCAUAAAUAACAGGGAGGUGCUUAUAUCGCUUAAACAUAAAAUAAAUACGGCCAUAUUUGAGGCGAAUAUGGCGGAACUGCAGAAAUGAAACCAAGAAAUGGUUUUCUUACAAGUUAUCAAUCUAAAGUAACGAUUUUUUAGCGGAAAUUUAUGCUUAAGCCUAAAGUUUGAUCUGUACAAUUUGUCAUCAACGUAGUCUAAAUCGAUCCUCCAACUAAUGCACUACAGGCAUUUGAAGUUUUAUUUUCUUUAAUGUUUUUGAGUUUGUAAAUUUAUAUUACAAUGUGUAUAUCAAUUUCAAUAAA